CAACAAUGAAAAUGGAGGUGCAAGAUCCAACAUGCCCCACACCGGGGAUGGGAUCCCACAAUGGAGAGAAAGCCCUUCAGGCCAACCAAGCCAGGAGUAUCCAGGAAUUCUUGCAAAAAACCCCUGUAAGUCAAGUUAAGCAAGAACCAAACGAGAGUCUUGUUCAGCGCUGGGAAGUCCAGUGGCAGGGAUUCCUGAAGACAAUGGAGUCCCCUCAUUUGGACUGGGAGUUUCUACAGUCACCAGAAGAGUCAGUUCACUGGGAGGACACAAAGGGAUUUCUGGCCUCCUUUGAGCAAGUCGCCAAAGCCUGCCAGUGGCCCAGGGAAGAAUGGGCGACACAACUCCUGCCAGCAUUGAGUGGCGAGGCCCAGCGGGCCUUCAACGGGCUGCCAGUCCAAGACAGAAAGGAUUACAGGAAGGUGAAGGCGGCUAUCUUGAAGGGGGACACCAUUUGUCAGGAGAAGCUGCGCCAGCGCUUCCGUCAUUUCUGCUACCAGGAGGCUGAGGGGCCGAGAGGGACUUACCACAGGCUUCAGAAGCUUUGUGGUCAGUGGCUGAAAGUCAACAGGCACACCAAGGAGCAGAUCCUGGAACUGCUGAUCCUGGAGCAGUUCCUGGCCAUCCUUCCCCCAGCAGUUCAGAACUGGGUGAAGGAGCUGGGCCCUGAGAGCUGCACCCAAGCCGUGGCCUUGGCUGAAGAAUUCCUUCAGAUGCUGCAAGAGGCCAAGAGGCAGGAGAAACAGGUGCUAAUGCCAUUAGGGGAGGUGGCUGUGAGUUUCUCAGAAGCUGAGGGACCUCCAUCGGGCAUUGAACCCCAGCUGUGUUCUAAGGCCAAGGAGGAAGAUCUUGGAGUUGCCUGCCUUCUGGGCCAAGGGUGGUUGGCUGUAAACCAGGGAGAGAAAUCAGCACCAGCAAAUUCAGAGAGAGCUGGAUUGUUUGAAACAGCGAUGGAAAACACUGAAGAAACUGGCCUCCGGUGUGGCAAUCAGCGAAGUGCCCCUGUGGAUCUGCCAAGAGUCGAGUUCCAGCAAGAAACCCACCUGGAGGAGAUCAUGGAUGAAUCUGUUCCUUACAGAGGGGGUUACGUAGACUUGGGAGGAAUGACAGUCCACCAGAGGAUGCAUACCAGCAGGAGACACGGCGCCUACAGUGCUUGUCGGAAGAGCUUCAGCCACAGCGGGAGUUCCAUGAAAUACAAGCGAAUGCACAAGAGGGGAAAGCCCCACAAGUGCUCGGUGUGCGGGAAGUGCUUUCUUUACAGCUCCGGACUUGCCACCCAUCAGAGGAUCCACACUGGAGAGAAGCCAUAUGAAUGCUCAGAGUGUGGGAAGACCUUCAUCUGCAGCUCAGACCGCAACCGCCACCAAAGGACUCACACAGAAGAGAAACCGUACGAGUGCGUGGACUGCGGGAAAAGCUUCCGGCAGAGGUUCAGCCUCAGCAGGCAUCGCAGAGUCCAUUCCGGCGAGAACCCGUGUAGUGUGACUCCUGAAUGCGGAGGAAGCUCCGCUAGAUCCCCAGUGUCCUUUGAGGAGGUAGCUGUGUCCUUCACAGAGGAGGAAUGGGUUCUGCUGGAUCGAAGCCAAAGAAAAGUGUUCUGGGAAGUGAUGGAGGAAAAUUAUGAGACCGUGGCCUCUCUCUGGGAUUACAUUACCCAGAAGGACUUGCGAGCACCAGUGAGGUCAGCCCUGCGUUUUCAAGGUGUCAAGAGAGUGUUUUUUCCUCAAGGUGGAGAACGCCCUGUAUGGGAUAUACAGUUGCACCAGGCCUCCUUUCUUUCUUGUUUCCCCUGGCUGGAGGGAGCAUUUAUCUUUUGCACGCCUGCAGGAAAGGGAUCCACAAUGUCCUUUGAGGAGGUAGCCAUUUCCUUCACAGCAGAAGAAUGGGCUCUCCUGGAUGCAGGCCAAAGAAAACUCUACUGGGAUGUUACGGAGGAAAACUACGAGACUGUGGCCUCUCUGGUUGGAGAAGUGAGCGAAAUGGUAAGUGAGAAGAAAUUGGGAAGGAGACUUGUGGAAAAAGACAACAGUCUGGAGGUGGAAGCAAAAUCUGGGGGUCAAGUGGUAUCAACAAGACAGUUCAGAAGUAAAAGGAAAGCAAAAAAGAAGCAAAGGAAGGAAUUGGAUGCUGGUCAGGUCAUAAAUAAAACUGAGGUCUCAGCCCAAGAUGAACCAAGAAGGAGAAAGAGAAGGCAUAAUGGUGCCAUGAGUCAGAAAGGAUUCAGCUGCAAAUUCGGUAUUAAAACAUAUGAGAAUGCUACAAAAUGCUGGAAAAUAUAUAAAUGCUUGAAAUUUGGAAAGAGCUUCCAUUGGAGUAGUGCACUAACUAGGCAUCAAAAGAUUCACACAAGGGAGAAACCAUAUAUAUGCUUGGAGUGUGGAAAGUGCUUCUCACAAAAUAGCACCCUAACCAGACAUCAAAAAGUUCACACAGGGGAGAAGCCAUAUAAAUGCUUGGAGUGUGGAAAGUCCUUCUGUCACAGUGCAAGCCUAACUGCACAUCACAGGAUUCAUACAGGGGAGAAGCCAUAUAAAUGCUUAGAGUGUGGAAAGUGCUUCUAUCAUUAUGGCCACCUAACUGCACAUCACAGGAUUCAUACAGGGGAGAAGCCAUAUAAAUGCUUGGAGUGUGGAAAGUGCUUUUCUUGGAAUGAAUCACUAAAAUCACAUCAAAAGAUUCACACAGGGGAGAAGCCAUAUAAAUGCUUGGAGUGUGGAAAGUGCUUUUCUAGAAGUAAUCACCUAAGUAGACAUCAAAAGGUCCAUAAAGGAGAGAAGCCAUGUAAAUGCUUAGAGUGUGGGAAGUGCUUCAUUUGGAAUAGCACCCUAAGAAGGCACCAAAAAGUUCACACAGGGGAGAAGCCAUAUAAAUGCUUGAAGUGUGGAAAGUCCUUCUGUCACAGCACAAACCUAACUGCACAUCACAAGAUUCAUACAGGGGAGAAGCCAUACAGAUGCUUGGAGUGUGGAAAGUGCUUUUCUUGGAAUGAAUCUCUAAAAUCACAUCAAAAGAUUCACACAGGGGAGAAGCCAUAUAAAUGCUUGGAGUGUGGAAAGUAUUUCUCUCAUAAUAGCAACCUGAGUGCGCAUCAAAAGUUGCACACAGGAGAGAAGCCAUAUAAAUGUCUGGAGUGUGGAAAGUGCUUUUCUAGAAGUAAUUACCUAAGUAGACAUCAAAAGGCCCAUAAAGGAGAGAAGCCAUAUAAAUGCUUGGAAUGUGGAAAGUGCUUCUCUCAGAAGAUCGGCCUAACAUCACAUCAAAGGACUCAUACAGGAGAGAAACCAUAUAAAUGCUUGGAAUGUGGAAAGUGCUUCUCUCAAAAGAUCAGCCUAACAUCACAUCAAAAGACUCAUACAGGAGAGAAACCAUAUAAAUGUCUGGAGUGCGGAAAGUGCUUUUCUAGAAGUAAUCAUCUAAGCAGACAUCAAAAGGUCCACAAAGGAGAGAAGCCAUAUAAAUGCUUAGAAUGUGGAAAGUGUUUCUCUCAGAAGAUCGGCCUAACAUCACAUCAAAAGACUCAUACAGGAGAGAAACCAUAUCAAUGUUUGGAGUGUGGAAAGUGGUUUUCUAGAAGUAAUUACCUAAGUAGACAUCAAAAGGUUAAUAAAGGAGAGAACCCAUAUAAAUGCUUGGAAUGUGGAAAGUGCUUUUCUUGGAAGAUCUGCCUAACGUCACAUCAAAAGAUUCACAGAGUAGAGAAGCCAUAUAAAUGCUUGGAGUGUGGAAAGUGCUUCUCUCGGAAUAGCACCCUAAGCAGGCAUCAAACAGUUCACACAGGGGAGAAGCCAUAUAAAUGCUUGGAGUGUGGAAAGUCCUUCUCAUGGAAUGGUGAUCUAACUAAACAUAAAAAAGUUCACACGGGGGAGAAGCCAUAUAAAUGCUUGGAGUGUGGAAAGUCCUUCUCAUGGAAUAGUGAUCUAACUAGACAUAAAAAAGGUCACACAGGGGAAAAGCCAUAUAAAUGCUUAGAGUGUAGAAAGUGUUUCUCUGUGAAGAAGAGCCUAACUAAACAUCAAAAGAUUCAUACAGCCCCCGCUCCCCCAACACACACACGGUGA